ACCUGACGGGCAAGGUAGUAUAGCAUGGAUAAAGAGACCUGUGAUUUGCCACCAGUAAAGAGCACUCGAGUGCGAAAUGGAACAGAUGCUUCUACUUCUCCCUAAUAACUAUAGCUUUUCCGUUAAUACGUCCAGGCGAGCAAUGCAUCAUAUAGUAUAUGACACCGAUCAGUGGAAUAAAUCGCUUUGAAAAGAAUAUAUGUCCUAUUAGGUCACAGGCUUACCAUCCUAAUGUUGUUAUUGGCACGCCGCGAUAGAUCACAUAAUGGAUCUCAGUCGAGAAAGGGGUAUUAAACCUAUUAUGACAAAAAAAAUCUGAGAUUCCGUUCUGUGAACUAUCGCAGCCGGCCAAUAACAACAUAAGGGCGGCAAGUCUAUGAUAAGCUUUCAUAUUUUGGAAGGCAGGUUUGUUCAUAACUAGUGACCAAAUGACUUCCCGUAAAUAUUUAAUGGCGUGUUAGUUAAAGGAAAGCAGAGAUGUAUAGCCUGCGCCUUUCAAGGUUUUGUUUAUAGAUUCUCAGCACAAAUUUGGUUCUAAAACAGAAGAUGUUAUGAUUAUAGUGACAAUACAACUGGUAAUUUGAAAAGGCUGAGAAGUAUCAUAAAAAUGCAACCACGCGUCGGACAAAGAAACGGCUGAAGAUAUAAACAUUUAUAACAAAAAGGACGCCAUGACGAUAAGAGAGACGCUAGAAUUUUAAGUAUCAAAGACUGGAAGAGUUGGUGUUUUGUGGUGAUGUGUUCCGGUAAGUCAGAAAGAGCCACUAACGCCACUCAAAGAGACGAGUUUGUCCAAGUCCAAGAUGGCCGUCGGACCGUCUCGAAAAUACGGUCUAACAUCCAAGGUGACAUGCACGUUAGUUAUUACCAUGGCAACAGCACUGUAUGUGUACUACAUGUGUGGACGGAUGACCGAGGAACAGUUUCGAAGUAUGAAUCUCCCCAAAAUCCAGGCCUACAUCCAGCACAAGUGCUCCCCAGUCCUCGACCGUGCAACACGGGGAGCCUGGAAACUGAAACCUCACGUGACGACCGCUGAUCUUGAUGCUCGCAGACGAUUGGACAUGAUGCUGCGCACGCGUAAAGGAUGGCCGCAGUAUUUAUCCCAUGGAGACUUGCGGUGCGGGGUGCACUUUCCCCUCCCACGUCCAAGCUUUGGCAAAAAUAAAACAAUGGUGUUUGACAUACAAGGGCAGUGUGAUCCUUAUAGCGAAGCCCCAUGUUGCCAUGGCUACAAAGGAUGGUGCGGGGCUGGAGCAGCGUAUUGUGAGUGUCAAGGGUGCGUUGAUUACCGCGCGUUCAUUCCGGCUGAGCUGGGAGACUGGGUCACACUCGACAAAUGCCAUAUCACAAACUACACGCAAAAUAGCGCAUGCAGUUUAGUUAACAACCGCUUUAGCUAUAUCACGUUCAUGGGCGAUUCCCUUGUACGGCAUUUGUUUUCUGCAUUACUCUUGAUACUAACACGUGACCGUACGUACGGUGCAUUGAAGUUUAGCGCGCGAUUCAAGCAAAAGGAUAUGUGCCGUGGGGACAACCAGUUUGUAGAUAGCAUGUGCCACGCCCUUACGGCUAUGAGAUGGACCGACAUCUCCAAACACCCCACAUUCUGUCCAGAACGGAAACAGUCCUUUAAGAUGGACUUUGUAGAGGCGUAUAACAUCAAUCACGCGAAAAUCGCGUUAACGUUUGCCAAACGUAUGUUAUACCGGCGAGGGUCAGUCAUACUUAUUGGUGUAGGGAUACACAAUGGGUUCAAUGCACCUCUAGUGAUAGAAAAGUACUUUGGACCCAUUCUACGAUUAUUACAACAUUCUAGAGCUACCACGGGCUGGCCUCGACUUAUCUGGCUCAGCCCGCACGCCGCAGGACCACUCAAACCGCUGACAUAUCAGCGCCACCAAGGAAACCACGCAAUUCAAGCGUUCAAUGCGCAAAUGUGGCAAUACUGUGAGGAACAGAAUGUGACAGUGUUCGAUACGUAUAAUCUAACCCUCGGAGCUCAGAGUUUUGAUGGAACACACUAUGGAGUCGGGGUGAAUUUGCUCAAAGCACAGUUAUUACUAAAUUAUUGGAAUGAAUCAAGGUGAUUGGUUCUCAUUUCUGUGCAUACUGUUUCCUUCCUUUGUUUUAAAUCGUUCUCUGAAUACGCUCCAGCAAGGGCGGUGGGAACAGUUUUUGUUAGGCUAAAUUCUGAUAAUAAACCGUGCCGGGAACGUUUCGGCUAGCCCGUCUGGGACAGUUCGCGCGCUACGGUGUAGUAGCUUGGAUUACGCAACGUAACUUGGCCGGGUUUUCUAAUCAAAACAGUAUCAAACACUAAGAGCGCGUCGCAAACAAGGCACAUUUUAGCGAAAUAAGAGGGAAAUUCGUGGUUUGUUCCCUCCCAUUAUUUUGCCUCGUUCUCUAAUACGCUCCAGUGGCCAUGAUUAUAUGACAUUAAAUUUAGCCUAACAAACACUGUUCCUACCGCCCUUGCUCCAUGUCUCCAGUGCCAUGCAUAAAAUUUGUGUAUUGGAGACAACCCUCUUUCUGUAUUAGCUUGACAUCAUAGGCUUUGAGCAUCAUCUCCCACUCUUACUGGUACUAUAUAAGCUAGACAAUCCCUUUGUUAUAAUUUUUCUUAAUUUACCUCAUGAAAACAUCUUCUCGGAGGCAUGUCAUAUAAUCAUGGCCACUCGAGCGUAUUAGAGAACGGGGCAAAAUAAUGGAAGGGUACAAUGCCAUACAUAGAUUUGUCAGAGUAUUGUCAGUAUAUCCACGACCAAGUUUAAUUGAUGGAAAACUAGGUAUUUUUUAUCCUUAGAAUCAGAAAGGGAACCUUUUGGUAUCUUGAGGAAGCGAAUCCAACCUCUGCAAUCCCCGAGUAUUAGUUCAUUUCCAUUUGCUUUUGUUAUCAUCAUCAUCGUCGUGUUCACCACCAUCAUCAUCAAUGUUUUUGUUGUUGUUAUUAUGCCUAUUAUUAUAAUCUAUAUUUCAUUCGUUUAUGUUAAUUGAUCACAAACUGUAUCAUCAGUAAGUACAGCUGUUAAUGUACUA